CGAAACCGCUCUCUCGAGAGAGCAAACAGAUAGCGCAGAGAGAAGACAACUUUGUGUUUUUCUCGCCAGAGAAGUGCCCAGACUACUUCUCAUCGCGUCGCUUUCUCAUCUGUCGGUCAGUCGUCCGUGUGUCGGUCAUCGUUCGAACAGGGCAACACGCCAGCCAUCAUACGCAUGCCUGAUGCUCACGGUCUUCGAACUGCCAUAGACCAACACACUCAGCAGGUACACGCACACUCACACAAACACAGGGAGAUGGGCGCGUAUCACUCUUGUGCAACCCUUGUGCAACUCUUGCGCAGGUAUCCAGGCCAGUCGAUUCGCAUCAGAGGGGGCUUUCCAUGCAUGAGGACCAACAGCAGGCACGAGCACAGACACAGACACUUGCAUGCUCUCAUGCUGCACGCGGGUGUGCAUACUCACUUGCCCGUUCGUUCUCCAGCGUGAGCGUGAGGCUGCUUGGGAGCGGCAACGUCAAGAGGAGGAGUGUCCACCCCUUGGCGUUUUUGAGGCCGUGAUGGCCGGCGAUGUGCAGUCCGUCGCUCAGCUGAUCGACGUGCACGGCAAGGAAAUACUCGACAAACAAGACAAAAACGAAGUACGUGGGAAGAAGAAAUGCACUCAAAGGUGUGGACUCCUUUCAUUGUGGGCGCGUUUUAUGGUGAUUGCGGCAUCCAUCCUUGCAGGACACACCCUUCAUUAAGGCUGCGUACUAUGGCAUGUCGGCGUCAUGUCGGUCAUGUAUGAGAGAUAUGGGCCGUCGAUACUGCAACAAACAGACAAGGUACCAAACCAUCUGUGCUGUUGGUGAUGAUGAUAUGCAUUGGCUGUGGAAUGCAGGAUGGGUGGACUGCAAUGCACUGGGCUGCCAUGUAUGGCCGGCUUGCAGCUGUGCACCAACUGCUGGAGUGGAGCGGCGGUGGUCCCGAGCUGGUCAAUGCACGCGACUGGGUAACAGCGUGCACACGUCUCCGACGCCUCCUUGUGUCGAUUGCAUGUGUAUGUGUCGAUUGCAGCAAGGCGCCACGCCGUUCAUCACUGCUGCCACGAAGGGCCAAGUCAAUGUGAUGAAGAUGAUGUACGCCAGAGCAGGGAAGGUCCUCCUCUCACGGAUAGACAACGUAAGGGACACAAAAGGACAACGUGAGAAAUACGUGAAGACACACAGAACAACACAUGAAGACAUACAGAAUGCUUUUCAUCUGCUUGACUGUCCUUCCCCUUGUACGUGACACAUACAGGGUGGAAACACGGCGCUCCAUUUGGCUAGACGAGAUGGCCAACAUGCCGCUGAGGCCCAGCUGUGAGAGACACAGAUGAAUCAUAAGAUGACCUACUCUUUAUCUCUCCUCUCCUCUCUCUCUCUCGCUCUCUCUCUCUCUCUCUCUCUGUCUCUGUGUGUGUGUGUGUGUGUGUGUCUGUGAAACAGGCUGGAAUGGGGUGAGACGCCUCUCGUGCAAAUCAAAAACAAUAUUGUAAGUGCACACAGAGUUGUAAUAUAUCGAUCGGUGGUUGAUCCACUACGGUCAUCCGAACAGGGCAACACGGCCAACACGCGUGCUACCUCUAUUGGCGUUGAUUGUCGCAUACAAGAUGGUGAGCGUGAAGAUGAGGCUGCUUGGGCGUGGCAACGUCAAGAGAAGGAGAAGCGUCAAGAGAAGGAGAAGCGCCUGGAGCGUGAGGUGGACCUGAACCUGCAGAUGGGAGGGUUGGUGCGAGAAGACAUCCGCAGCCGUCUUGAGUCCUACGGCUCUAUGGCCAUCAUUGCAUCGCUUUCAACGGGCUUUGCCUUCACGGUGCUGACCAAUUCUGACAGCAAGUUCGAGAAGCUCGAGGAGGCUCCGUAUGCCAUACGCGUGAUAUUCAGUUUGACCACUGCCCUCGCUAUUGGCUGUGGUGCUUAUGCGACGCUGGUGCUUGUGGUGCUACAGUCGACUGGCCACGCUGCUCUCGGCCAUGGUGGUCUGAAGUUCCCCUCUGAGCUGGCCUGGCGUUUUGAUCGAGGCAUCCUCCAAACAACAUGCUCGAGUAUCUUCCACACCUCUGCACUCCUAGGCGUGUUCCUCAGUAUCGCGUCCGUCUUCUUCAACGCCAUCUGCAUGUUUUACAUGCAUCUUUAUUAUGCGGCCAGGGCCCAGGAGAUCGAGCCCACCAAUGCCACCGACGACGUGGCUAUGAAAGCGAAUACAGGCCUGUUGCGUAUCUGUGAAUCUACCCUUGUGGUCUUCUUCUUUCUCGGGACCUUCGCGUGGCUUUGGUACUUAGCCAUGUACCAAAACAAGGUGUCCAAGGUGGCCCAGUUGUUGCGGGAACAAGUGAAGGAGUGGACUAAUUUAAGGAACGCUGAUGCGCCGAAAUGGAACGAGAAGAGACGCAAGGCGCUGAACAAUGUUCAGUCGGAUUGGUUAUUGCCGCUCUAUCUGCCUUUCCCUAGCAAGGCUUAUGAGGAGGGCCAAUCUAGGCAAACUAUGGCCAUCCGCACGCCUGGGUUUAUGCGACUGGCCAUUUUUGAGGAUCCGCACGCUUCGGUGAACAAGCAUGCCUGCACAAAAGCAGAACAACAACUUCGGAUGGACCUUGCUGAAACUGAUGUUUGUUCCCUCGAGUCCCCCUGGUCCAUCGCACACGAGGAGCCGACUCGUGAAGCGACCGCACGCCCCACUUCGCAGAGGGCUGCCUACCGAGGUCAGGAAGGAUUUUGGCUUCGCUUGAGGCGUUUGCUUUGCUGCUAUCGUUCUGACGACUCGAAUUCGUCUCGUGAAACUCGGGUGGCUUAGGUAGGCUCAGGUAGUAUUCUUUUGUUUCCCGUCUAGCAGUGCGUCUGUAGAAAUCUGGUGGUUUGCGCACUCACUUCAACUUGCACUUCACUGCUCUGGCGGGCUGUGGUAUUUCUGUGUCUUUCAUGUGAUCUUUUUCGCCUUCUCUUGUCUCUGCACAGAGCCGUCGCCAACAGUGUGACAGGCUCCCCUUCUCUUUGUGAGCCAAUGAAUGCUCUUUUUCUCUGUGUCGAUGGCUGUGUGGCUGCUGACUGCAUGUCUUGUUUGCGACGGAAGGGGAUGGGCGGGGUGCAAGGGAUAGCUGCUCGUGUGUGUGCCUGUGGAGGGAUGCUCACUGUAGAUGCUCCCCUCCAACCAUCAUUCGAUUUGGUCUCGAGAUGACCAAUCGAAUGAUCAAUCGAAUGAACUACGGUGCAUGGUGGGAGGGACCCUCGCGGAAUCGAGGUGAGCGCUUGCAUGUAUAAGGAAGUGUCUUUGGGUUGACAUGUGGGGCUGGCUAGUGAAUUGUGGAUUUUUUGCCCCCUGUCCAGUAAUGCGUCUGUAGCAUUUUGGUGAUUUAUGCACGCGCUUUCGAGUUGCAUAUCACUCUGGCAGGCGUCUUUCAUGUGGCCUUUUUCGCCUCCUCUGGUCCCUGCAUUGAGCCGUCGCCAACAGUUGUGAUUGGCCUCCUGCUUUUUGUCGAGCCUCUUAUAGGGAUGCCUGCGCCGAUGAAUGAAUGCUCUCUUUCUCUGUGUCAGGGGCCUGUUAACUAUGCGGCUGCUGACUGCAUGUCUUGGUUGCGACGCCUCCUGCAUGGGGUUUGUGUGUCACUUUCGUUGUGACUGCAGCCAGUCAAUGUCCAAGCACUUUUUCGGAUCCACCAGAUGGAGAGCUUUUGGUAGCCAGUCCCGUCCAAGUCGGUGGGGCAUCGCACGCGUGUGAGUAUGUAUGUGUGCAUGCAUGUAUUAUCUGUCUGUAAGCACGUAUGCAUGUGGCACAACAGCCGAUCCACCAUCCAUCCAUCCAAGCAUAAGUAUAUAUACCCCCCAUGAUUGAGUUGGUGAUUUCUCGGCUGUUUCUC